AUGGUCCUGGAUCCCGUAAUCUCACAUGACGACACGAUUUGGAACUCUAAUGGGAUGAAUGAGUUGAAGUGCCUUGAAUUGCUAGUACAGAGUUACAAACCCUUGACUUGUCGCAUGCAUCAAUGGUUCUUGAAGCACAUCAUCAUGAUCUCGUCCUCCUGUGCAAUGCUUUUGGUCUGCGCAAUAUUGCAUAGGAUAAUCCAGCGUAAGCGAUGUUUCUCGCGUAGAAUUGAAGAACUGUACGACCAGGUGUGUGACUUCCUGGAAGAGAAUGCAGUAGCAUCAAACUCUGCAGACGAGCCUCCUUGGGUUAUCGCAUCACGGUUACGUGAUCAUCUCCUUUUGCCUAGAGAAAGAAGAGAUCCUCUGUUAUGGACUAAGGUUGAAGAGCUGAUACAAGAGGAUUCACGAAUGGAUCGUUAUCCAAAACUUGUCAAGGGUGAACAAAAAGUUGUAGGGAAUGGCAAGUUCAGGACGUCCUGCCUUUUCACACCUGAAAAACUCUCUUCUAGAUUGAGAGAGGAAGAGUGA